AUUUCCGGCUCGCUCGCUCUCCAUCCCUCUUCACACCCACCUCGCCUCCAGUUCCGCCCCUCCCUCUUCGCGUGCGUGCGUGCCCAGGGAAGGAACCAGACGGGGAACGCGUGAGCGCCGGGCAGCUGGAUCGAUUCCUCUCCCCAGUUCGUGGCGCAGGCGGGAGGCGGAAGGAGCUCCGGAGCCCGGAUCGGGAGGUUGGGACUCGGCGUUACCGCUGCUGAUGCACAGAUCGACCAUGGCUUCUGCAUAGACACACCUCAAAGCAGCAGUAACCCUCACGCUUUUCGCGAUCUGUACUCACUAUUCCAUAAGUGGAACAGUUCGACAACCUGUCGGUGGCCUCAGCCGAUACAUAUACACGCAACUCCCCAGCCCAAAAGCUCCCCCGUCAGACCACACCCAGCAAUCCAUCCCAGAUGUCGUUCCGCAGCAUCGUCCGCGACGUCAGGGACGGCUUCGGGAGCCUGUCGCGGCGGAGCUUCGAGGCGACCAUCUCGGGCCUCUCCGGCCUCGCCGGCGGCGGCGGGGGCCACAGGGGGAGGUCCCGGAGCACGGUGCACGAGCUCCGGGACGGGGUCGACAUUGUGGUCCAGGAGAGCAGCUGGGCCAGCCUCCCUCCGGAGCUGCUCCGGGACGUCGUCCGCAGGCUCGAGGCCAGCGAGAGCACCUGGCCCUCGCGCAGGCACGUCGUGUCCUGCGCGGCUGUUUGCAAGGCGUGGAGGGAGAUGUGCGCGGAGAUCGUCACCAGCCCCGAGUUCUGCGGGAAGCUCACCUUCCCGGUUUCCCUAAAGCAGCCUGGCCCCCGAGAUGGAAUGAUUCAGUGUUUUAUAAAGCGGGAUAAAUCAAAGUCUACCUAUCAUCUCUACUUGUGCCUCAGCAAUGCGGUACUUAUGGAGAAUGGCAAAUUCCUCUUGUCUGCUAAAAGGAACCGCAAGACAACUUGCACAGAAUAUGUUAUCUCAAUGGAUGCUGACAACAUCUCAAGAUCAAGCAGCACCUAUAUUGGGAAACUAAGGUCAAACUUCCUUGGUACAAAGUUUAUAGUCUAUGACACACAGCCCCCUUAUAAUGGGGCUGUAGUUCCUUCCGUUGGAAGGAGUAGCCGGAGAUUCAACUCCAAGAAAGUCUCUCCCAAGGUGCCAUCUGGUAGUUACAACAUAGCUCAGGUGACUUAUGAGCUGAAUGUUCUUGGCACGAGGGGCCCUAGGCGGAUGAAUUGCAUCAUGCAGUCCAUACCUGCCUCCUCAGUUGAGCCUGGUGGUAUAGUCCCUGGGCAGCCUGACCAGAUUAUGCCCCGAGCUUUGGAGGAGUCGUUUCGCAGCAUGACCUCCUUCUCCAAGUCAUCUAUCAUGGACCGGUCCAUGGAUUUCAGUAGUUCCCGUGAUUUCAGCAGCGCCCGCUUUUCUGACAUUGGCGGAGGCGCCAUAAUGGGUGGCGAAGACGGACAAAAUAAGGAGAGGCCACUAGUGCUUCGCAACAAGGUUCCGAGGUGGCACGAGCAGCUGCAAUGCUGGUGUCUCAACUUCCGUGGCCGUGUGACCAUUGCCUCCGUGAAGAACUUCCAGCUGAUUGCGGCGCCAAGCCAGCCCCCAGCAGGGGCUCCAACUCCGUCGCAGCCUGCUCCAGCAGAGCAGGACAAGAUUAUUCUGCAGUUCGGCAAGGUGUCCAAAGAUAUGUUCACCAUGGACUACCGCUACCCGCUCUCGGCGUUCCAGGCAUUCGCCAUCUGCUUGAGUAGCUUCGACACCAAGCUGGCCUGUGAAUAAAUCGUCGACCCGAUGCAAGCAAGCAUAACUGCAGUGGAGGGAAAAAGUAGAUGCGUUUUUCCUCCUAGGAUUCUAGAUCAUGGGUGCCCUUUUAUUUCCACCUUGUUGGUUGUAAUUCUGCUUUAUCUGUAGCUUUUGGAACUGGACUCGUUAGCACGUGAUAUUUCAACCACAUCGUAGCAUGAUGGUUUCCUUUGAA